AUGUUAAGAUUUGAAUAUCUUGAUGUUACUGAUCCAAGUAUUCUCUGGAAUCUUUUGAAAGAAAGAUUUGAUCAUCAAAAGGAAGUUAUACUUCCAAAUGCUAGAGAUGAAUGGAGAACACUGAGGUUUCAAGACUUCAAGAAAGUGAAUGAAUACAACUCAGCUUUGUUCAGAAUAUGUUCACAACUCAAGUAUUGUGGACAAGAAGUUACUGAUGAAGAUAUGUUGGAGAAAACUUACUCCACAUUUCAUGCAACAAACAUUACCUUGAUGCAACAAUAUCGAAUGCAAAAGUUCACAAGAUAUUCUGAACUAAAUGCAUGCCUGCUUGUUGCAGAGCAAAACAACGAGCUCUUGAUGAAAAACCAUGAAUCUCGUCCAACAGGAUCAGUAGCACUUCCUGAAGCAAAUGCUACAAAUACUGAUGGUAAUAAUCGUGGUCGUGGCCAGAAAAGACAUAAUUACCAAUCUUCACAAAGAAGCAAUGUCCAUACAAAAGAUAAGACCAAAGUGUCAAAGCAUGAUGUUGGGACGUCACAAAAAUCAGAUGGUUCAUGUUAUAGAUGUGGUAGCUCAGGCCAUUGGUCCAGGACCUGUCGCACACCUGCACAUCUUUGUCGACUUUAUCAAGAGUUCAUUAAAGGAAAAGGAAAAGAAGCAAACCUCAUUGAUAAUGUUGAAUUCACUCCGCUAAAUGUUGCUGAUUUCUGCAAUGACAUGGAAGACAUAAACUAA